GUCACCCGGUCCUCCACCGCACAGGAGCAGCUGCGACUCUGACUGGCAGCCACCGUAGCUAAGCACCAGGAUUUCCUUGGCAGACGGAGCCGACGGUGGACACGUCAUGCGCCUGGCACGCGUCCAGCUCCUUGCUUUCGUCCUGGCCUUCUGUGGGGUCUCUGGGGUGCUGGUGGCCACCGUGCUGCCCAACUGGAAGGUGACCGUGGACACAGGUGCCAACAUCAUCACGGCCAUUGUCCAGCUGCAAGGGCUGUGGAUGGACUGCACGUGCUACAGCACCGGCAUGUUCAGCUGCAGCCUCAAGUACUCCAUUCUGUCCCUGCCCACCCACGUGCAGGCCGCGCGGGCCGCCAUGGUCCUGGCCUGCGUGCUGUCCGCUUUGGGCAUCUGCACUGCCACCGUGGGGAUGCAGUGCACUCGCCUAGGAGGGGACAGAGAGACCAAGUGUCACACGUGUUUUGCCGGGGGCAUCUGCCUCAUGUCUGCAGGGGUCUCCGCUCUAAUACCGACAGUGUGGUACACGAAGGAGAUCGUCACCACCUUUCUGGACCUGACAGUUCCCGAAAGCAACAAACACGAACCUGGAGGGGCUGUCUACGUCGGAUUCAUUUCGGCCGUGCUGCUGCUGACCUCUGGCACCAUCUUCUGUACUUCCUGCAUGAAGAGGGGCCCAGACGCUUGGCUCUCCCCGCCCCAGCAGCCGCACACGCCCACCGCAAAGCUAGAGGGCGACUCCGCAUACCACCUGAAGGAUUAUGUGUGAUCGCUGUGUGAUGCACGUGCAAUUUUUAGACGCCUGCUGGGACUUUUGUGUUUACUUUAGAUU